UCUGCCUCCCGAGUGCUGGGCAACCUGUGGCAAUUCUAAGACCACUUCACACUGUUUCUACCAACUCAAGCACAGAAUAGACUCUUCCUGGACCCAAAAUCAGGCUUGGUGAAACUUGGGGGUAAAGGCAGGGUACAUGCACAGGCCAGGGACCUCCCUUACACCUCUGCACCCCAAAUAGGCCCAGAUAUUUGUCCCUGACAUGACCCCAUCUCCCACACUAGUAGAGACCCUGUUAGCAGGCUGUUGCCAGGGAGAGGCUGGGUUUGCUCAUCGUUUAUUGGUCAGCGAAAUCCCUUAGAAUAGUUCUUGUUACUAUAGGAGAGAAUGAGUGCCUAUUGGCCAGGACACCUCACAGUGUCACAGCAGCGCUCAGGGUUCUUGCUAUUGGUUCGCAGCCAGACUCGGAGACCCUAUGACCUGGAACCCAGUUUUGCUGCUAGGCGCCAGGAAGCAACGCUCCCUACUGGUGCGGCUCCGCGUCGGCUGUGCGGGACCAAGUGCUAGGCGGAAGCUUUUGAGGGCGCGCCUGGACCCACGACCCGGACCUCGAGCAACACCUAGCAGCUCGAAGGCUCCUGGGCUCGAGGACAAAGGCUUGGGGAAGACGACACAGUGCUCCCUGGGCCUCCCCUAGGAGUUCUGCUCCUCUAACCUGGACACGAAUCCUGAAGAGAAUUCAGACUGAGGUCUAAACCAAGCACUGGUGUCAAGUGAACCCCAGAGCCGCGAUGUUCUACUACCCCAACGUUCUUCAGCGCCACACUGGCUGCUUCGCCACUAUCUGGCUGGCAGCUACUCGGGGCAGCCGGCUGGUGAAGCGCGAAUACCUGAAGGUGAACGUAGUGAAGACCUGCGAGGAAAUCCUCAAUUACAUGCUGGUACGAGUGGAGCCCCCGAUGCCCGGGCUACCCAGGCCCCGCUUUUCCCUCUACCUCUUGGCCCAGCUUCAGAUUGGUGUGAUAAGGGUCUACUCUCAACAAUGCCAGUACCUUGUGGAGGACAUCCAGCAUAUCCUAGAGCGGCUGCACCGUGCCCAACUGCAGAUACGCAUCGAUAUGGAGGAGGUUGAACCACCUAACCAGCUUCUCCUGAACUACAUGACCAUGAUGGAGACCCUGGAAGAUGCUCCAGACCCCUUUUUCGGGAUGAUGUCUGUGGAUCCUAGACUUCCCAGCCCCUUGGAGAUCCCUCAGAUUCGACAUCUUUUAGAGGCUGCAACCCCAGAGAAAAUUCCUGAGAGGCCCCCUGAAGUCAUCACAGAGCCGAGGAAACCAGCCAUCAUCCAGAUUCCUGAAGCCAUCACUCUCCAGGAGGUGGAGCCUAUUCGCAUGCUGCAGAUUGUCGGGGAACGGGACCUCCCAGAGGUCAGCCGCAGAGAGUUGGACCUGCUGAUUGCAGAGGAAGAUGAAGCCGUCUUGUUAGAGGAAUAUCGGAAACGCAGGGCUCUCCAGCUGAGAGCCCCAGCACUGGAUGAAUCCAAGGAAGAAUCCCGGGCCUUGGAGGGUGAAGCUGUAGUCCCCUCGCUCUCGCCUCCAGCUCCUGUACAGGUAGAAAGGGCAAGAGAAGCACUUCCAGGGCAGGUCAUCAGUCCUGAGGUACAGAUGCUGCCAGGCUGGGAGCCUGGGGCCCUACUCACUGAGGUGACGCCUCCUCCGGAGCUGCGGCUGCCUGUCCCACCUAGCCCAGAGAAGCUCCCACCUCCUGAGGGCCCACCUGUUCGCAGGCCGCGCCGGCGCCAGUUACUAUUCUGGGACAGAGAGACUCAGAUCUCCCGGGAGAAAUUUGAGGAACAACUGCAGACCAGAGCCCACUGCUUGGAAUAUCCAGUGGUCCAGCUUCCCAAGAGGAUGAUCAAGAGCCCAGUGGAGCUCUUCAGAACCCCAACUCUCCCUGGCUGGCUACACCCAGAAUUACUGGCUUUUUGGACCCACUGUGCCCAGUUACCCCCAAGAAUGCUCAGGGAAAGACCACGCCUAGAGAGGGAAGAGGCAGCGGAAAGGGAAGCAGAAGAGGAGGAAAAGAAGAUUGAAGUUCCGAGUGAGAUUGAGGUCCUGAGGGAGGCCCAGGAGCCCAGCGGUCCCCUCAUGCUGUCUGCAGAACUCUCUCUAGAAGCAGCUGAAGAGGAGAAGUCCCGCAUCAGCCUUAUCCCCCCAGAAGAACGGUGGGCCUGGACUGAGGCAGAGCUGCCGGAGCCCCUUGCAUUGCCUGCAGUGCCUGAACUGCCCGAAGUGCCUGUGGAGAUGCCCCCAGAGCCUGAGCUGCUUUCUUUGGAGGCUGUGCACAGGGCAGUAGCACUGGAGCUGCAGGCCAACAGGAAGCCCGACUUCAGCAGCCUGGUGUCACCACUCAGUCCCCGAAAGUUGGCUGCCCGGGUCUUCUACCUGCUCCUGGUGCUCUGCGCACAGAAGAUCCUUCUUGUAGAACAAGAGAAGCCAUACGGGCGCCUCCUGAUUCAGCCAGGGCCCAGAUUCCACGGAGGGUUUACAAGCCAGCUUCAUUAAACCAUGU